UGUUGCCACCUCUACACGCCAGCGUGAUACGACAGUGGCUGAGGACUGGUGACCUUGAGAAGUUGGAACAGGUGAUUAUUGAAGGUCAAGGUCACAAGUUGUUGACGGAGCACUCAGCUGAUCUCAAGGUCAGGAGAUUCCUCAAGGCGGUGCCUGCUUAUCUGGCUCGAAUUGAUUUGGUUCAAGAAGCAGUCACAAGAGGCAAACUAGAUGAUCUGAAACGGUUACUCAGUGAAGAGGCUGACACAAAACACCGCAGAAAACUGCAAAAUUCUCGAAAUUUGGCACUCUGUAGAGACCAGAACGGAACUGGUUUAUUGCAUAAGGCAGUAACUGGUGGCCAUCUUGAAAUUGCAGAGUGGUUAAUCAAGAAUUAUCCGAGCACUGUUCAUAUCAGGGAUAAG